AUGGGUGCGACAGAUGAAACAUCUAGAAUAACAAGGAUUUGGAGUUCUUUGAGUUAUCGAAUUGGUGUAAAUGUGGCAAAAUAUCCCAUUCUAACUAUUGUAUUAUGUUUGGCAUUAUCUGCUGUGAUGAGUAUUAAAUUAGCAUGUACAGAGUAAGUACUUUCUUUAAAAAUUCCGAACCUUUAAAAAAUCUAUCAUCCUGUAGAAAAGUAAGUGCAAUUGAUGGCUACGCGAUGGAUGAUUCAAUGUCUCGAUAUGAAUUCAAAACAUUUCAAGAAUUCUUGGAUUCUGAUGGACCUGGAAUUACAAUGGGUGUUUUGAUUCGAGCAAAAGAUCAGGAGGAUGGGAAUUUGCUUGAUGAUUUUCGAUUGAAAGAAGUUGUUGAUGUUGCUGAUUUUAUAUCAACAAACUUCAAAAUCAAUACAUCCGGCGUUGAGAAAAACUUCAACCAAUUUUGUCGUGGAUUCUGUCAAGCAAAUGAACCAGUUAUUCAGUAUUAUGUAGGUUUUCUGUGGGAACAGGGUAAAUUAAAAAUCGUGGUCAAGGCUAAAACCCUAAAAUCAUAUUUUUUGGUGUUUGGAGAAAAGAUUUUAAGGCUUUUCUUUUUGCCAUCUCUAUUCUCAUUAAUUUUCCAUCUUUUGCUGCAAAAAUUUUGAAAUUUGGUUAAGUAUGAACGAUUUUAGCAUUUUUUGUGAAAAAACGAAAAAUGUUUUUGAGGUUCGAAAAAAUUCACAAAUUUCGUGUUGUCUGGCGUUCUCUCUUAUGCAUUUCUAUCUCUCAUUUUCUCUCCUCUCUCUUCGUCUCUUCUAGACGCAACACUCUCUCGCUUACUUUUUCAAUUCGGUUUUUUUGUGAAAUCAGGAAAUUUCACGAUUUUCACGAUUUUCACCGAGAACAUCAUAUAUGAGAAGAUAGAGAAAUACAAGACAGAGGCAGAAAAAUAAAAAUAGGAUUGUAAAAUUUAACAUUAUAAGUUUUUUUUUCGAAAAAACUUAAACUAAAAAUUCUGAGCGUUAGAUUUGAUAAUGUUUUGCCAAAGCGGGAAACAAGUUGUAUUAUUGCAUUUUUGCAAAUUGGUAUUCAAAAUUGUAUUUUCGUAAACGUCUAAAAAAGUAAAUAUUGCAUUUUGGGACCACAUUACCAUAUUUUUAUCAGCAUAACAACUGAAAAAAGGCCAUCUUCAUUUUUUUUUUGAAAAAUUCGGACCCUAGAAACCAGACACAAUAAAAUUUUAAAAAUGGAGCCUAAAUAGGAACACUGGUCCUAUUUUUUAAAAUCUUUCCGCAAUUGAAUUCCUAGUACUGUUAAAUGUGCUGUUUCAGAAUGGUCUUCAAGUUUUGACAGCAAAUAACACAGAUUCGAUUUCAAAUCGUAUUGAUUUGUCAUAUCCAACAUCCAAUUUUUUCGGAGUGAAAUUCAGUUUGAUUGUGAGUUUUUCUUUUUUCAGAAACUUUCUAAACUCUCUAAUUUUAGCCAAACUUUUUCGGAAUUACAAUGAAUGAAGAUGGUGAACAUUUGGAUUCAUCAACUCUAAUUGUUUUAUAUUUUCGAGCUGAAAGAUAUAGUGAUUGGACAACAAAAAUGGUGAAGAAAUGGGAAUUGGAUGUUCGAGAUUAUUUUAUCAAUGAUUUCAAAAGCGAUUUAAUUAAUGUUGAAAUAAUGUCGCAAACAGUAGUCGAAACAGAAAUAGUUCGAGCCGGAAUGUCACUUCAACCAUUUCUUGUUAUUGGUUUUGCAAUCAUGUCAACAUUUUGUACAGUAACAACAAUGCUCAGUUCAGUAUAUCUUUAUUCUCAAAAACCAACUUGGAAUAAAGUUGCUUUAUCAAUAAUCGCUUGUAUUACUCCAUUUAUGGCAUGUGGAACUGCGAUGGGAAUUCUAUUUUUCUUAGGUGUCACAUUCAGUCCAAUUAUGUGUAUCACACCAUUUCUUGUUUUGGCAAUCAGUGUUGAUGAUUCAUUUUUGAUGUUACAUGCAUGGAAUCGAUUAGAAUCUUGGAGAACUUCACCAAUUGAUAAAAGUUUGAAAGAACAUAUGAUGGGAGAAGUUCUUGUUGAAACUGGGCCAGCCAUCACAAUUUCUGCAUUGACAAAUAUUCUUGCAUUUACUGUCGGCGCAUUGACAUCUCCACCAGAAAUUCGCAUUUUUUGUUAUGGUAAUGCGGCCGCUAUUUUUAUGGACAUGUUUUAUCAAGGUUAGUUUUUUCUCGAAUUUAAAGAGGGGAAUGAAAAUGCAAAAGGGUAAAUUUUUUAGCAACAUUCUACACAGCUGUAAUGACUCUUCUUGUUGACAAUAAAACUGAAGAAGUUAGUGCUAGAACAAAAAGAAUUCAAGAGAAAAUAACAAAAGUUGUUUCAAAAUUUUUCCGAGGUUAUGUCGAUUUUAUCUCAAAUGUUUUUGUGUCAACUUCAAUUGUUCUUAUCUGGUUUGUAUUUAUCGGAUUUGGAGUUUUGGUUUGUUUUUUAUCUUGAGAUCGUGAGAUAUUUCAAACAAUUAAUCAUUCUUUUAGGGUUUAACUCAACUUCAUGUUGAACUUCGUCCCUCUAAAUUUUUCUUGAAAGAUUCUCCAAUGUUGCGAUUGAAUGAAAUUCGAAAUGAGAAAGUUGUCACAUAUUACACUCCGGUUACUGUAGUUGUAAAUAAUCCAGGAGAUUUAUCAAAUGAAACAACAAUUGAACGACUAAAUGAAUUGAGAUUGAAACUGGAAAAUAUGCCAGAAGCAAUUGGGAAUGAAAGCACAAAGUUUUUCGUAAAGUUUGUUUUGAUUCUCAAAGUGGAUUUUAAUUGAACAACUUUUCAGUGACUUUGUUCAAUUCCGAAACGAUAUUUCUGAAGAAUUUGAUGAGGAAAAUAUGGAUAUUGAAACAUUUUUGAAUUGGUCUGAAUAUCGAUUCUGGAGAGGAUUUAUCAAAAUUGACAAUUCAACAAAUCCAAAAACUGUUUCGAAAUUCAUGUUUACAACAGGAUUUCAUGGUAAACAUUUGAAAAAUUGGUUAAAUCGAGGAGAAUUAUUAAAAGAUUGGAGACUGGCAAUUGAAGAAUUCAAAGAGUAAGUUAAUUAUUUUUUGUAGAUCACAAUAUUAAGGUUUUCAAUGUUUUCAGUGAUUUCAAUGCUACAGUAUUCUCUGAAGAUGGUUUCUUUUUGGAUAUGUUAGAUACAAUUCCAACAAUAACAUGGCAAACAACACUUGCAACAUUUGUAUUUGUGUCUUUAGUUUGCUUCCUUUUCAUAUCGGAUCUUUUUACGGUUGCUGUUGUUUCGAUUGCAAUUUUGGUCACAUCUGUUGGUGUUUUUGGUUAUCUUUCACUUUUUGGUGUUACUUUGGAUCCAGUUAUUAUGUCAAUUGCAAUUAUGUGUAUUGGAUUCAGUGUUGAUAUUCCAGCUCACGUUACAUUCCAUUUUUAUGCUGCAAGUAAGUUCUUAUUAAUUUUCUGUUUCAUCCCUCAAACCUCAAAAUUUUCAGGAUCCAAGAAUAGAAGUUCAAACAAUCAAAUUGCAUCAGCAUUUGAUUCAGUAGAUUCCCUCAAGAAAACAACAACAAUUCCAAGUGAAGAAGAAAAUCAAAAUGCUGCAUUUAGAAAAAGGUUACAUCAUCUCUCGAAAUUUUCAUUAAUCAAAUAUUUUUUUGCAGUUUGACAUUUGCCCUUUCAAGUGUUGGUUUUCCAGUCAUCCAAGCUGGUCUUUCUACUGAUUUUUGUGCUUUGCCAUUGGGUUUCAUGGAAUUAUAUAUGGCAAAAAUGUUUGCAGCAGCUCUAACUCUUUGUGUCACAUUUUCACUGAUUCAUGGUCUUGUUGUUAUUCCAGCAUUACUUUCAGUCAAAUCACAUCUGAUGACAAGAAUCAGAAAAUGUUUAUAA